AUGGAGCUGUGGUUGAUGUGUUUGGGGUUGCUGCUCCGGUUGCUGAACGUGUUGCUGAAACCUUUUGUCGCGUUCAUCGGAGGACCUAAACGGACCACACCAUUUCCCGAGAUCCGCAACGAGAUGCUCAACAUACCGGCGGUCGAUCUGGCGGAACGGAUCCGCAACAAGGAGCUUCGAUCGGAGGACGUCGUGAGGGCGUAUAUCGAGCGGAUUCGUGAGGUAAACCCGCUGAUCAACGCCGUUGUUGAGGAGCGAUUCGAGGCCGCCAUCGAAGAAGCACGCCGAGCGGAUGUCCUGAUCGGCGAAACACAACCCCUGUGGCUGAUCAAACACUACCCACUGCUGGGUGUACCCUUUACGGUGAAAGAAUCCUGCGCUCUUCGAGGUGCCCCACUCACUGGUGGAUCCCUUGCUCGGCAGGACGUGCGAGCAGCUGCUGAUGGGGAGGCCGUGGCACAUCUGCGAGCUGCCGGUUGCAUCCCACUGCUCGUCUCCAACACACCCGAGUACUGCCUGAAUUGGGAGUCGUACAACCACGUGACGGGACGAACGCGCAAUCCUUACGAUCCACGCCGCACCGCAGGAGGCUCAUCUGGGGGUGAGGGAGCACUGCUGGGUGCGGGUGCAUCCUUGUUCGGGGUUGGAAGUGACGUGGCCGGAUCGAUCCGGGUACCGGCACAUUUUAACGGCGUUUUCGGACACAAACCAACAGCUGGAGCCGUCUCCAUUCACGGCCAUUUCCCGAUGUCAACGGACGAGCGGUUCGCGCGGAUGUUGACGGUUGGUCCGAUGGCACGAUAUGCCAAGGAUCUGCCCACGUUGCUGCACAUUAUGGCCGGACCUGGUGCGGCUCGACUCCGGCUAGACGAACCCGUGCAGACGCGUGACAUCCGCGUGCUGUACGCCGAAGAUAUGGGCUGGAAUCCGGGCCACGUGCCGGUUGAUGACGACAUCCAGAUGGCGCUGUACCGGGCAGUGCAGUACUUCAAGCGACACGGACUCUCCACUGAGCGGGCCGAAUUCGAGCGGUUGCCUGAGGGCAUGGAGCUCGCGUUCAGCGUGUUGCAAUCGCUGAGGGACGUCCCGAGUAUCUUCCAUCAUCCUGAGGAUCCGAAGGCCCAACACAAUCUGCUGCUCGAGCUGGUUCGCUGUGCUGUCGGACAAUCGCGGUACAGCCUCGCUGGUAUCAUGUUCUACGUGAUAUUCGGUUUGAGGCAUUUCUUUACUGCCGACCGGUUGCUGACGUACCAGGAAAAGGCGGUCGCUCUACGGACUCAGCUGAUCGACACUCUCGGUACCGAUGGGGUGUUGUUCUUCCCGACCUACCCGACAUCCGCACUGCGCCAUUACGAGUCAUUCGGACACAUCAUGGGCGUAGGGUAUACGAUGCUGUUCAACGCUCUCGGGUUGCCGGCAACCCACGUGCCACUUGGGCUCGACCGGAACGGGCUUCCGAUCGGGAUACAGGUGGUGGCCGCACCCUACCAGGACCGGCUGGGGUUGUGUAUCGCGCGUGAACUCGAGGCAGCUUUCGGUGGUUGGCAGGCACCUAAAUAAGAGACCGUGGCGGAAUUGAUUCCAAGCACCCUCUGUGGUGGGUGCUUCUGUGAAGGUGUACAUAGACGAACGAAUGGCGGGUGAAAUGUCCUGAAGGGGAGUAACACCGCAAUAAGCACAUUGUGACGUCCGAGAUGGGAAGCUGUGACGAUGGACAAUGCUGCCAACAAAGUGACUGCUGGGCGAGACUUAAAGACUUUGAAAGCAACGAAAGAAUCGCAUCAUUAGGGAGAGAGUGAGUGUGCUUCCACGCGAAGGACACUCUCAAGCGUGUCCUGGCGCGAGGAUAGUACAGCUUCUCUCCAAAAUCACUGCAUAGUGACGACUGGCCAUGCCAGUAUGCCAACAUUAGAUUAGAAGAUCAACGAAAAAAUGGAACAAAUUUAGAAGGUUAUGUUAGUGUUAAAUAAAAACGCAUUAAUUGAACAACAUACAACAUG